CAUCAAUAUCUACAUAGACAGAUCGUCGACCGAUCUCAUGAGCAAAGGGCAGCCCGCCCACGAUUGAGCGAGAGGCGCCUGAUAUGUCAAUUUUGGGUGUGAGACGAGACCAUUCGCCCGACAAGGCCCCAGCACACAUCAGGACAGCAUCUCGUCUACUCUCUCCCAACCGUCGUGUUAAGUCAAGCGUUCGAAAAUCCGGCAAAAAUACUCACACAGAGUCACACAGAGUCACACAAGGAGCAUUAUCUGGAGGAAAUGUUGCUCGCGAGAGACUGACAGGUGCCACCAUCCUCGUCAUCGUUCGUUAUACACCCAAAAUGAAUCUUGGAGUCGCAAGAAUGCCGCAGAUGUGGUAUAGUCGCUCGUGGCUGAUACUCAGUAUAGAAAACUGCCCGACAAUAAGGACUCAUCACUACUUCCGCGCUAAUUCCGCACCAAUUCCGUGCCUCGAUCCCAUUCCAUGGCGAUGCAUUCAUGCCAAUCUCCGCCAUUUUGUUCCCGAGGCAGGUCGACCCGAGCAGAUUUCCGCCGGCCAGGGACACAACCAUGUGCUCCUGGGUACCAGAAUAUCACUGUGGCGUAUUUCUGUACGUGUGCCUCACAUGGCCACUGUGGUCGGACGCUUGAGGCAUACUCAAAAAAAUCGAUAUAUAAUGACCUAUGGUGUCGUCUUAAACGCAAACCGCCGUGGAGCCCUAUCGUUGCCACACCUCUCAAAGGUCUUCUUCUCACGAUGAGCAUUAACGGAAACAUGGGCAACGCGACCUACUCGAUCCCUCUGGAUCAAUGCUACGCAAACGUCUCUGCCGCCGCAUGGGAUUGUUGUAAUGCAGCAGGAGGAUUCCUCAACUAUUACACAGGAUACUGCUCUCGACAGCCUCACGCCAACACGUACAGCCAGUUCUCUGAUUUAUACGAAGGAUGCGGCCGUGGGCUGAGAUACUCUGGAGGAAAUUUCUCAAACCUGGCGUAUGGGUGUCAUGGGAAUGCAGCGACAGGUGCAGGGUUCGAAAGUAGCAAGCCCGUGGUCCUGUCUGCGGUGUUGGCUUGGUUGUUGGCGGCUUUCAUAAUGAGCGCUGUCUGAGCUGUGAAAGUUUAAGGGUGAGUAUCAGGCAGAGCGC